AUGGUGGGUGUUCUACCAGUCUUGGUCGCGGGACUCGCAGGAUGUACAUGCGCCCAGCCAAAGGGAACAAAACAUCGCAGCACAGAUUACCAUGAAAAUGCAGGUGUUCUUAACUUCGUUAAUCCCCUUAUCGGCACUUAUGGAACAACCCCAAAUGGUAAUGGCGGUAUGAUCCCAUCUGUCUGUCCUCCGUUCGGAAUGACGCGGUGGACACCCCAGACUCGCGAGAAUUUCAUUUCUCAGGUUCCCUAUGGCGACAGUGACCGCCUCAUUCACGGAUUCCAGGCUACUCACCAACCUGCUAUCUGGAUGGGUGAAGCUGGUCAAGUUGUCUUGACGCCAGGUAUGGGUGAUGUUCAACCAUUGUUUGAGAAUCGCGGGUUGGAGUUUCGGAAAAAGGAUGAACGGAGUACGCCGUACGUCUAUGAGGUUUUGGUAAACGCCACCCAACUUAUGGAUCGUGAUUGGAAUGCCACGGCCGAGGCUGUUGGUGACAGAGUGGUUCCCGGGGGUGCUGGAGCCGUUCCUGAUGAGGUCAAGGAGGGUGCUAAUGGACGGACGCGAAAACGUGAAGUGGAAUCGACUCUUCGCGCUCAGUCUGAUGAAGAGUAUGAGCGAUCUAUUCAGAUUGCCAUGUCGGCAGAUGCUCACGUUGGCCACCUGCGCUUCGAUUUCCAAAGCGCCGAUGGCGAAGCUCAGGACCCUUGGGUGUUCAUUCAAGCUUCCCGUCGGAACUGGACUGGUGAAGUCCACAUUGAUGCGAAGAAUAAAGAGAUCUAUGGCUACAACACCGAGCGCCAGGAUUACCUUCUCGGGCCAGACAAAGCAGCUUCAUUCAAGGGAUACUUCGUGUCCCGAUUCUCCGAGCCUUUUGUCGAGUAUGGCGUCACGAACGGCGGUUCUUUGAUGGAGAAUGAGAGCCAGCGACAUGGAAACUUCACUGGAGCAUAUGUGAAAUUCAGCAGCAAGACAUCGCGCGUAGAAGUGCGGACGGGCGUUUCAUAUGUCAGUAUCGCCCAGGCUCGGAAGAAUCUCGAAAUUCAGACUCCGGAUGGACACACAUUCGAAGACACCGUCGACAAAGUGAAGUCUGCCUGGCUUGAGAAGCUGGGUCGAGUUUCCAUCAAAGGCAUCAACCAUACCGAUCCAGACCAUGACCCUCGCACUAUCUGGUAUACCGGCCUGUUUCAUGCACUCCAAUAUCCUAACGACUUCUCCGAACCUACAUCAAAGAAGGAUGGCGCCCCGCGAACCUUCUACUCCGGCUAUACUGAUAGCGUCCACACGGAGAACGACUCAUACUACCAGUCCUGGUCAAUCUGGGAUACAUACAGAGCCGAGCACUCACUUCUUACCCUCUUCGCCCCGGAACGUGUCAACAGCAUGAUGCGCUCGUUGCUCCGCAUCUUUGAUUGGACUGGCUGGUUGCCGAUGUGGGCAAACCUCGUCGAGACGAACAUCAUGAUCGCGACAAAUGCAGAUGUAGUCCUGGCCAAUGCAUUGGAGCGCGGAUUCAGGGGAUUUGAUAUUGCCAAAGCUUGGAAAGCCGUCAAGAAGGAUGCAUAUACCCCGCCUGACCAUGACACCGAGCUGCUCUACUAUGACCGCGAGCCGGGCACUUCGUAUGAGGCUCGCGCUGGUCUCACAGCAUAUAUGAAGCAGGGCUGGGUAUCGAACGAUGGAUGGUCCGAAGCGGGUAGCCGAACGUUGGAUUACGCUUUCGAUGACUAUGCCUGUUCAAUUGUCGCUACGCAUGCCGGAGCGGACAAUGCCACCGUGAGCGCACUGCGCGAGCGAAGUGGAAACUACGCUUAUAUCUGGAACAACGAGACUCAGUUCAUGCAAGCUCGCAAUGCGAACGGGAGUUGGGCGGAUAGUACCUGGGGCUGGACGGAGGGUGAUGAUUGGGUAUACACCUUCGACGUGAUGCACGACGUGAAGGGUCUAGCUAGGCUGUUCGGUGGACGUGAAGCUCUGCGGGACAAGCUGAAUGCCCAUUUCAAGGGUGGUCAUAAUGAUCAUACCAAUGAGCCGAGCCACCAUGUGCCUUACCUUUAUUCCGUUCUUGGAUACCCCAACCAGGCAGCUGAGACUAUCAGGGAGAUUGCCUGGUCGAACUAUAAUACCACCAGUGGUGGACUGGGCGGCAAUGAGGAUCUGGGUCAGAUGAGCGCUUGGUAUGUUUUCUCGGCUUUAGGUUUCUAUCCUGUCAAUCCCGCCAGUGACGAGUAUAUUGUUGGUACACCACUUUUCGAACAUGUGUCCAUUCGCCUUCCCAGUGGAGCGAGCACUGGCGGACAGGUUGUGAAGGGCAAAGAGCAAAUGCUGGAGAUUGUCGCCCCGGGCGCAUCUACUAUGCCGUAUAUUCGGAGCCUGAAGGUCGACGGAAAGGCCGUUACCUCUCCAGUCUUGAAACAUGGCCAGAUCGUGCACGCCAAAAAGAUUGAGUUUGAGAUGAGUGCAAUUCCAACUUCCUGGGGGAACCUGCCAUUAUGGUGA